CGAGCGGCGGCGCGGUGCGCAGGCGCGGCGGCGCGGGGCGGCGGGGUGACUUUGAGGCAUGGCGCAGGCGGCGCAGCGGCUCGGGCAGCGCCUGGCGGCCCGCGGCCCGCAGCUCCUCAGCGCUGCCGUGGCGUAUUCGAAGCCUCGCCUUGCCACGUUCUGGUACUACGCCAAGGUCGAGCUCGCGCCGCCGACCCCCGGAGAGAUCCCCAAGGCCAUCGACAGCAUGAAGGCCGUGGUCAGGAGCUUCCAGUCCGGCCGCCUGGCGCAGCUCACUGUCAAGGAAGCACUGAGGAACGGUCUAGUGGCCACAGAGGUGCUGAUGUGGUUUUACAUUGGUGAGAUCAUAGGCAAACGUGGCCUGAUUGGAUACAACGUCUGAAGACUCAUCCUCAGUAAUGCUGUUUGCUGCUGUGGCCCUGAGCCUGUUAGAGCAUCUACAUAAAUAAAGCCAGGAGCUGAUGUAGAA